CAUACUCUAAAUAAAUGACCCCCGACUCUCCAACAAAACUUAAAACCUUUUCAUUCAUCAUUCCUUCCUUCGAAUCCCCAAGCACACAUCAAUGGCAACCAAAACCUCCAUUCCAAGUUCUCAAUCCCCAAAACUCUCUCGUCUCCGCCCUCAAUACAUUCCCAACCACAUCCCCGACUCCUCCUACGUCCGCAUCUUGGACACCACCCUCCGCGACGGCGAACAAUCCCCGGGAGCCACCAUGACAGCAAAGGAGAAGCUCGACAUCGCACGGCAGCUGGUGAAGCUGGGCGUGGACAUCAUCCAGCCCGGCUUCCCUUCUGCGUCGAAUAGCGACUUCAUGGCCGUCAAAAUGAUAGCACAAGAGGUUGGCAAUGCUGUUGGUGAUGAUGGUUAUGUGCCUGUCAUUGCUGGCUUCUGUCGGUGCGUUGAGAAGGACAUUGCUACUGCAUGGGAGGCUGUGAAGUAUGCUAAGAGGCCACGGCUUUGUACUUCCAUAGCUACGAGCCCUAUUCACAUGGAGCACAAGCUAAGAAAGAGUAAAGAUCAGGUGAUUCAGAUUGCCAGGGAUAUGGUCAAGUUUGCACGGAGUUUGGGUUGCAAUGAUAUUCAGUUCGGUGUUGAAGAUGCUACUAGAUCAGAUAGAGAAUUUCUCUAUGAAAUUCUUGGAGUAGUUAUUGAAGCCGGGGCAACAACAGUGAACAUAGCCGACACUGUAGGUAUAGUAAUGCCAUUGGAGUUAGGAAAAUUAAUUGUUGAUAUAAAAGACAAUACCCCAGGAAUUGCGAAUGUUAUUAUUUCGACUCAUUGUCAUAAUGAUCUUGGGCUUGCUACUGCUAACACCAUCGAGGGUGCUCGUACAGGUGCACGACAAUUAGAAGUAACCAUUAAUGGGAUUGGUGAAAGGGCUGGAAAUGCAUCGUUAGAAGAGGUUGUGAUGGUCUUGGCAUCCAAGGGAGAUCAUGCCUUAAAUGGUCUAUAUACAAGAAUCAAUACAAGACACAUAUUAGAGACAAGCAAGAUGGUCGAAGAAUACUCUGGUAUGCAUUUACAACCUCACAAGCCUCUUGUUGGAGCUAAUGCAUUUGUCCAUGCAAGUGGCAUUCAUCAGGAUGGAAUGCUUAAACAUAAAGGUACAUAUGAAACAAUAUCUCCUGAGGAAAUUGGACAUAAAAGAACCACCAGAAUUGGUAUUGUGCUAGGGAAGCUUAGUGGAAGCCAAGCUUUGAGAAAGCGACUUGAAGAGCUUGGUUAUGAUCUUAAGGAAGAUGAAGUUGAUAGUGUGUUUAGGCAAUUCAAAGCAAUGGCUGAGAAAAAAAAGGUUGUAACUGAUGUCGACCUCAAAGCACUAGUAUCACAUAAAGCUUGUCAUGCAGAAUCUAUCUGGAAGCUUGGUGGUUUACAAGUGACUUGUGGAACUAUUGGUCUUUCUACAGCAACAGUAAAACUUGUUAAUAUUGAUGGUAGCACACAUGUUGCUUGUUCUAUUGGUAUAGGAGCAGUGGAUUCAACUUACAAGGCCAUUAAUCUCGUUGUGAAGGAACCUACAAAACUUUUGGAUUACUCAUUGAAUUCAGUUACAGAAGGCAUUGGUGUAAAUGUCACAGCACGUGUUGUAAUUUGUAGGGAGAACAAUCAUACAUCUACUUAUGCUUUCACUGAAGAUGCUAAUUAUCCAACAUUUAGUGGGAUUGCAGCAGAAAUGGAUGUUGUUGUUUCCACUGCUAAGGCCUAUCUGGUUGCACUAAACAAGUUGUUACGAUGGAAGGAAUCAUUUAGAUGUGCUUAAUGUAUUCAAUUUUUUUAUUGAAGAGUUUUGAAUUUGUAUUAUUAUCAGGGAUAAUCAUUUAUAUUUCAUGGUAACAUGAAAAAAAAAUAAGAAUAAUAAGGAGUGGCGGUGCAAGUUCCAUAAAUCCAGCUAGUCUCCUCUAUAUAUACUUUGUACUUGAAUAACAACAUGUCAACACUUCAUUCAUUCAAAUGAAAUGCAGUACCUUAAGAGCAUUUAA